ACGUUGCGAUGGCGCCAUUCACCAUUUAAAUUAAAAACGAUUCUCAACGUGUUUAAACACUUUCAAACGUUUAACGUGUUGAUUUCACGAUCAUUUUCGUUUUAUUAAUCAGAUAAUCUUGUCGCUCUUUGACAAUCGACAGAAUUUCUCGCUUUUUCAUCACGGAAUUUUCCAUGCGGUUUCGAUAACGUUCAGGUGAAGAGGUUAAUUUUUGUAUUUAUAUAAGAAGGUGUUUUAAUAAGAAAAAUCAAAUCAUGGCUGCUGAACAAGAUAUGCCAACGUUUAAAUGCGUUUUGGUUGGAGAUGGUGGUACCGGUAAAACAACCUUUGUUAAAAGACACUUAACGGGCGAAUUUGAAAAAAAAUACGUCGCAACAUUGGGAGUAGAAGUCCAUCCCUUAGUUUUCCACACUAAUCGGGGUCCGAUUCGCUUCAACGUUUGGGAUACAGCCGGACAAGAGAAAUUCGGUGGCCUCCGAGAUGGUUAUUACAUCCAAGGUCAAUGUGCUGUUAUUAUGUUUGAUGUAACAUCGAGAGUAACUUACAAAAACGUUCCCAAUUGGCACAGAGAUUUAGUGAGAGUUUGCGAGAAUAUUCCAAUCGUUUUAUGUGGAAAUAAAGUUGAUAUUAAGGAUAGGAAAGUUAAAGCAAAGAGUAUUGUGUUUCACAGAAAGAAAAAUUUACAGUAUUACGAUAUUUCUGCUAAGUCAAAUUAUAAUUUCGAAAAGCCAUUUUUAUGGUUAGCACGUAAACUGAUUGGUGAUCCGAAUCUGGAAUUCGUAGCCAUGCCUGCUUUAGUUCCACCAGAAGUUACGAUGGAUCCAAAUUGGCAACAACAGAUCGAAAAGGAUCUCAAAGAGGCUCAAGAAACUGCUUUGCCCGAGGAUGAUGAAGAUUUAUAAAAAAGAUUUGUUGCAUUUAAUCCAUUACUAUUUUUUUUAACAAUUGUAAAUUAUCAAAAAAAGGAAAAUGAAACCGACAGGAGACUCAAAUAUUGUUAAUAGCGUCUCUAACUUUUUUUUUUGUUAACGAAUUUAUUUAAACCCAGUAAUAAAGUGUACUAAACUUA